AUAAAAGAAAAAAACAGCAGCUUGGGUGGAAAAUCAGAAAAAGUUUACUAAACGUUGUAAAUGGGAAGGUUCCUCCGUGUGGGUUGGAUUGGCAGACCGUCUAUAAGGUGUAUACCCCAUUUAUGUUGACGAAGUACAAGCAUUGGGUGGCUGUAAUGAUUGAUCUGGUAUUGUGUGAAAUCAAAGUGUACGAUUCAAAGGUUUCACUAAUUCCAGAUGACAUCGUAAAGGAAGAACUCGGCCCGCUAUCAAUUACGCUUCCAAAUCUUCUCAACACCAUCGACUUUUAUGAAGAAGGUGUUUAUGCAAACAAUUGCAGCCGAGAUUGGUGGUGUCCGUGGCCAAUAGAGCGUGUGGAUGUUCCACAACAGUCUAAUGAAGGCGAUUGUGGCAUGUUUGUGUUAAAGUACAUUGAGCUUUUCAGCGCUAAGCUUCCGUUAGCUACUUGCACCUCGCACAACAUGCCUUUUUUUCGGUUGAAAUUGGCUGCGGAGAUAACAAGGGGAGAUGCUUACUUCCCAUGAUAUUGGUUGAAGAUGACAAAUGGUACAUGAGAAGGUUUUGGGAAUGUCCAUUCUCAAACUAAUGUAAAUACACAAUAGAGACGUACGGGUCCUUAUCGAAUUCUACCGCUAACUCCUUCAUGACGUUUACAUGUUUGUUAACCAAACUGCAUUGAAUUGGAAUUUUAA